AAUUCUCAUUCGUGACGUCAUUCCAUCGCCAUAUUGCAGAAACAAAACACAAAGAACAACACAAAGAAAUUUAACAUAAAUUUCAUUUCCUGGUCUUCAUUUUAGCUCAUCCUGAUAUUUAACUGACAGUAGACAUGGCAGUGAGUCCCAUUGGAGGGGCUGUAAAAGCUCUCCAGUUGGAGCUGAAGAAAAUUCAAGAGGAGCCAGUAGAGGGUUUUCGAGUAAAUCUAAUCAAUGAUGAAAAUCUAUUUGAAUGGGAAGUUGCUAUCUUCGGACCUCCUGGUACAUUAUAUGAAGGUGGUUAUUUCAAGGCACAUAUGAAGUUUCCUAAUGAUUAUCCAUACAAUCCACCAAGUGUAAAGUUCAUUUCCAAGAUGUGGCAUCCAAAUGUUUAUGAGAAUGGCGAUGUUUGUAUAUCAAUCCUACACCCUCCAAUUGACGACCCACAAAGUGGUGAAUUACCUUCAGAAAGAUGGAACCCUACACAAAAUGUCAGAACAAUCCUACUUAGUAUUAUAUCACUUCUCAACGAGCCAAAUACAUUCUCUCCAGCAAAUGUGGAUGCUUCUGUCAUGUUCAGAAAAUUCAAGGAUUCCAAAGGAAGAGAUAAAGAGUAUGAGAAUAUAAUCAGGAAACAAGUUCAAGAUACAAAAAAGGAUGCUGAAAGAGACGGGGUCACAGUUCCAACAACCCUACAGGAAUAUUGUGUUAGUAUAAAACCUAAACCUCACGAUGAUGUAGACUUUUAUGACGAUGAUGAUUACGUUGGUGAUGAUGAUGACGAGGACGAUGAUGAGGAUGAUGAUUAUUACGCAGAAGAUGAUGAUGAUUCUGGUAACGGAGGAGAAUCUUGAUAUAUUGAUCAUAUUUGGAAUUUGAAUUUUGAGUGGAUUAAAUAAUUGGAUCAUCCUUUUAAAAAGGAAGAAUCGAGACAAAGCACCCUGUAUUAAUAUUCAGGUUGGAGGAAGGCUUUUUCUUGGAUUGCAGAAAUUAUUUACUUUGCUUUUAAAAUACCAUGAAUACUACUAAAGUAUUCACUAUAUAUUCCUAUAUAAAAACAAGAUGAUACUGUUUUACUCAUUUAAAAUAUGUUGAGUAUAAUACUGUAAACAUUAAUAAUACUUAUUUUGGCAGGAAGUUUAAUAUUGACAUUUGAAAGAAGCUUCAAAUAAAGCAACAUAAUAAAAUUAAUGAUUUUCUGUACAACUUGUAGAACUGUAUUUUAACGUUGGUCAUUUAAAUAGAACAUAAUUUAGUCAUUUAUUUAUAGUAAAGUCCCAUUUAAUUUUGUUUCUGUGAUAGAAUUAUUAUCAAAGUCAAAGAAAAAUAUUACUUACAUGACUUAGUUGACACGGAACAUUUUGUGAUUUAAGAAAGAUUUUUUAAUUUUUUUUCAUUUACCAAAAUGUAAAAUAGAAAUGUAUCUGUCAAUAUGGUAAAUCUAAUAGUAAUUACCAAUAUGAGGAUGUCCAUUAUCUCAACUUCUGUAAUCUUUUUUUUUUGCUUAGGGUUUUUCUGCUCCAGUUGAGCAUUAGUUUUUAACUAGUACAGGUAAUUGAGAGUCUUUAUUAAAUGAAUAGACAGGGGAAGCUGUGAUAGAGUCAAACACCACAAAUAACUGCAAACUUUUCACUCAUAUUCCAUAUCCUACAUACAUAUUACUCAGAAAUCAUUGAACAAUAAAUAUCUAUAUUGACUUCUUCAAGUUUUUAAGAAAUAAUUGAACAAUUUGAAUAUAAUGUUGACAUUUUAAGGUGCUUUUUAUCGCUAUAUCGGAUGAAUAUCAGGCUAUUAUCAGCAUACAUGUGUGGUCCAGUUAACAUAUUUUGUUGAUCAAAAUCAUGUUUUUCAAAACUGACAGUGCAAGACAAAUUUUUUUAAUUUUUUUUUUUGAAAUGAAUGCUCUACCAUGUCAUAGGUACCUUGAUCAGUUGUUGAUAUGACUGUACUUUUUGUUCAAGAUAUAAAUGUAAAAACCGAAAUAUAAGUAAAUGAGCUUUGAUCAGCUCUGUAUGUGUAUUUUGAAUGACAAAUGAAAUAAAUGUACUAAAGGGAUAUUGUCUACUCUGAUAGUUUUUAUGUUUUCAAAUUAACCUGCUUUAUUUCAUGUAGUGUAUAAAAGAAUUGAUAUGUUAUUUACAGACCAGAUAAUAACUGUUUGUUCAAUUGAAAAUAGAUCUGAUCAUCCAUUUAAAAACAGAUUUGUACAUCUGUUAUGCUUAUAUCGUGUUAUAAAAAUAUGAUAACUGGAUUAUAAUUGAGUAGACAAUAUCCCUUAAGAAUAUAUAUAUGUAUACUUUAGUCUUCAUAGACAUGUUUUGACAUUCCUUAAACAAGUUACAUGUUACUUAACACAAAGAUUUCCAGUUGUUAAUUUUUGAAAAGCAUACAAAAUCUUAUAAACACUGUACUUAUAUAGUAUAUAUGUUAAAUAAAUAUUGCAUUUCCCAUGAACAAAUUUUACACUUAACAAAACAUUAAAUUUUUAAAGAUAUAGAAACGAUUUCAUUUUUCAUUCAUACCUCAUAAACUUCUUACAAGAUAAAUUAAGGCAUUGAUUAAUUUUCAUAAAUUCAUAUUUUUUUGUUAAAUAUUAGUUUGAAAAGUUAUUGAAAUCAGGGUGAAUGAUUCAUAGCUCAUGUCUGCAGUUCUGUUUGUAAAAUAAGGACCCAUUUAUAUAGUAUAAAAGCUUCUUUAAGUAAUAUACUAUCUUUAAAAAUACUGUUGAAAGUUCAUAAACUAUUUUUAAGAGUUCAUUCACUUUUUUACAGUUAUGAAUUCUCAAUGGUAUUUUUAAAUGGUGUGUAUAUCAGAAUGUUAAACCUUGUAAACAAAUUUGGAAAUAAACGUAUGACUGACACCUUUAAGAAAAAUCAUUAUUACGAAUGAAAGUUUCUAUCAGAUGUUAGCCUAGCACAUAUUAUAUAAUCAGGUUGAGAUGAGAUGGAACAGUUUUAUAUUUUUCUUGUGCACCAUCUUAUGGUGAAAUAUUGUUAAUUUCAUUUUGUAUUAUAUUUGUUUCUGGUGAUCUAUUACUGUAUUAGAUGUAACAUGUAAAGGUGUGUGUACAUAGGUGUGUAUUAAUGAAAUUUGGAUGUUAUAAAUGAGUUGGAUGUGUGCAUGUAUAAAAGUGUAUGUGGUUUAAUUAAUUUAUAGCUUAUUUACAAGUAGUUACUAUAUUUAAUUGUCACUGGUGUUAUUUGUUGAAUUUUUUAUUUGUUUGUUUAUUUAAUAUUUUAAUGUAAACCACCAAUUUAAGUUCACUUUCCAGACUUAGUACAUGCAAUAACACUUUUGGUGUAGUAUAAGGAAUGUGAUACAGAAACAGGGAAGUCAUUUACAUUAUGAGACAAUUACAUUUUCAUUUAUUUUUUUCAACUUGAUACUUUUAGAGUAACAUGAGUAUUAAAGUUAGAUCUUGAAAAUGUCAUGUAAAAUUUAUAUUGUAGUCAGAAGGCAGUUGUGAGGAGAUAUAUGUGAUUCUUUCAAUGUAAAAACAAAGUCUAAAAAAAUAGCAAAUUAUAGCUGCAAACUUGAAUGAAUUAAAAGUGAAAAGAGGAAAAAAAAUCUAAACAUGCUUAUGAGCAUUUAAAACUUUCUGUAUAUGCUGUAAGAAAUUAUAAAAAAAAAGAUGAUUUUUUUUGAAAAUUUAAUCUCAACUACAAUGACUACACUGUUUCUGGAAAACUUGGUAUAAGACCAAACACGUAUCACAUUCCUCUAAAAUUAGUGCAUUUGAAGAUAUUCAAAAUUGAUAUUUUUGGGGAACAUUUAAUCAAAACGUAUUACCCUUCAUAUUUCUACCAUUAUUAUUCUUAAACUAAUAAAAACAAAUUCAGUUAUGAAAUUUAAGACUAAAACAACAUUGUAAUUAAGUACGCUUGCUACAGAUUUAAUAAUUUUGCAAUCCUAUGCUGUAUAGUUUGGGAUUGGUAUAAAAUAUAUAUCACUCAUAUUAACGUUCCACUUUGAAUCGAAGCUUAAGAUUUUUUGCUUAUCUGAAUGCAUUAAUUGAUACUUUGUGUCUGUAUCCUUUCUUUCUGUUGAAAGUUUUUAUAUAUAUAUUGAUUUGGGAUGAAUGAUGAUGAUAAUGCAAAGUUGAAGUGUUUAAAAAUGUCAAGUACAUGUUAAAAAUGGAAGUAAUAAAUUGUGAAAUUUUUAAAAA